AACGCAAACUGGAUUAUCGAUAAAGCAUGAUCGUAAGACUUUUAAAAUCGUUUUAAUAUACUAUACAAUUGCCAAUUAUACCUAUAUUUACAAUGCAUUUCGUACAUUAAUGAUCAAUUGUCAUCAUUCAGUUGCAAUUUCAAAGAGGAAAUUACUUUUAUCCCUGGAUAAAGGAAUAGUUCUAAUGAAAUAGCUUUAAUCACAGAUCUACUAAGUGAUCAUCGCUUAAUAUUUCAACCAAUCGGAUUUGAGUAUGCUCUAGGCAGUCACGUUACGUCGAAGAUGUUAGGAUUGAAUCGGAUUGAUGUAUUGACGUCAGUCUAGUAUAUAAACUGCUGAAACAGAGUGGAUAACUUAUAUAUCAAAAUUGAUUCUACAGUGUAACACUAGCUAAAAGGAAUGUCUCGCCAAAGAAUUUGUAGUGAAGGUGGAGCAGAAAAAGAAGUCCAUUAUAGAAUAGCUGUACUAGGAGCAGCUGAGGUGGGCAAGUCCUCCAUCAUUUCACAGUUUUUAUACGACAGAUUUAACAGUGAAUACAAAGAGACGGUGGAAGAGUUAUAUCGAGGACAAUACAAUAUAGAUGGAAUCCGUUUGACAUUAGAUAUUCUGGACACUGCUGGUCAUCAUGAAUUUCCAGCAAUGAGAAAACUUGCAAUAAGUUCAAGUGAUGCUUUCAUUCUUGUUUAUUCUAUGACUGACAGUAAUUCGUUUGAUGAGGUGAAGAAGUUACGAGAGGAUAUUAUUGCGCAACGAGAAAAAGUGCCUAUCGUUAUCGUUGGAAAUAAGUCAGACAUUAGUUCAAACGUAUCCUCAGUAGACAAGGAGACGGCGGCGUCUAUAGCAUGUGUGGAUUGGGAGUCAGGAUUUGUACAGGCUUCGGCAAAGGACAAUACAAAUAUAGUGGGAAUAUUUCAAGAACUUUUACGUUUAUCUGACUUCCCACAGCCGCUCAGUCCGGCUGUACGACGACGACGAAUGUCAAUGCCUACCACAUCAUCGUCAUCGAAUUCCAUCCACAAACAUUCAAGAAACAGUUGUGUAAUAUCAUAGUAUGUUUUCUUAUCGAAUAUUUUGUACAAUUUUUCUAUAAUAAUAUCUAUUUGUGCUUAAAA